UUAAAAAAUGAGUUAGCAGAACAUGUACAGGGUAUCUAUGGAUACCGGAUACAGGCAUAGGCACAGCUACUCAUCUCAGUAUAAAAUCUCUGCAAACUUGAAGCUAUGCCAUACUACUUGCUUUUAUUAUCAUUAUUACAAAAUAGCCUGAGAAACUACAAAUUAACUUUAAUUGCUUGGCCUAAUCUAUGGUUUGACCAGUCUACUGUUCGCCUGCAACAGUGACGGCUUGCGAGUCUAUAGUUCGCUGUGCUACCUCAGUCCUGCUAUAUAGCAGAUCAACACCACAUGGAGCGCCGAGAAGCCCAACUAUUAACUACAUUCAGUCGGUUUUCAGGGAGGUGGAGGGCCCAAGCAAUGGUUCAGCUUGUGGCAAUCCUGGCCCUAGUUGUACGAGUGAUCCUAACUCUCAACACAGCUCUCAACAAGGAAUGGAACAUCGACCCGAUUUCCUUGUUGAACGUCACUGUAUGUCCUCAGAUGCGCAUCGAGCUACUGUCUAUCAAUGUCGUAUUUCUUGGCCUUCUGCUUAGUGUUUCGUAUACGGUAUCCAUUGUAAACUGCUUGUACUGGCUUAGAAUUGUACAACAGCAUGUUCAAGAAAACAUAUUUCGAGUGAGAAAAUUAUGGUGUAAUGGAUCGAAUAUUCUCGUCCUAGGAGCAACAUGUGUGUCCGUUAUUGAUGCAUUCUGGUUUUUCUUGUUUGUGCGAGAAGUGUGGACCUACCGUUUCGAUAUGGCCUUUCAAAUACUUCAGUUGGUACCGAGCUUGUUCGUCAUCUUCGAUACUAUCUUCAAUGGACUGCUGAUAUGUGCCAUGUCAGUACUGGACGAAGAUCAACAAGCAGCCAUUCCCCGGGGCUAUCAAACCGACAUCAAUGCUCACAUGGGCUCAAACAUUCUACUUGCGAUGUACGCUGUAAUGAACCUUUUAGUAGCCCGCAAGUGCCAUGGCCCUGACAGCACCGUUAUCACUGAGUUUGUCCCUCUUUUUGUAGUGUUUGAGUUGAUUUGCCGAAAUUUUUUAGUUUAUCAUCUCAGACACUCUAGAUCAGUGAUACGUGGAGAUGCAGCUCUAGAAAAACCACAAGAAAAUGAACUCCUAAAUACACAGCCCAAUUUGUCUGAUAAUGAUGAUCACAUGAUAGAUGAAGAUGAAGCUGCUAAUGAAGACCACAUGAUCGAUUGCGAGGAACCUCGAUUAUAUGACGAACCAGUUGUUACGCUUGGUGAGCAGAACAACUAUAUCCAACGAGACAAAGUCGAGGUUGAUUCAAACAAUCUCCAAUCAUCUGAUGAUAGUGCCACCUCCUCUCUUAGCUCGUACACUGGAUCAGCUAAUGAAUAUUUUGGCUUCUCAGCAAUUUGUUCUGAGGAUGCACAAAUCAAUGUUCGAAGAAUUCGCACGGUUGUAAUAAAUGCACCUUUCAUUACUGUCAAUACUCAGUGUGGUGGAGAGUCAGAAGAGCCAUUAAAACCAUUCCAUAUUGAACUGGAGGACUGAUCUAUACGUACCCUUUUGGUUUUAAUUAAAACAAUGACAUAACAUAUCAUCUGAAAGUCUCAUCAAUGUUGUUGCUUAAUGUUCUUCAUUGUAUAAUAGCACAAUGUCAUAAUUACAUGUGUACAUGUAUGUUUACAUGCAUUUGUUUUCCAUCAAUGUCCUUCAUUCUGUAUGCACAAUGUUAAUUAAUGAUGAUCUCAUUCUCAAUGUAACCUCAA